AUGAAUCUCUCCCAUGUGAGCUUCAACCAUCCUCCUCCCCCUACGCGCAAAUAUAUCUUAAUAACCCGGCCUUCAGAUGUCGAUCAAGAACCAACACCCGAAGCUCUCGCCGCUGCCCGAGCUCUCGUCACCGCAGAAGCAUCCUCCCAACCGCCCCAGCCCUCCUCCAACCCAGAACCCUCUUUCACUCCCGCCAUGACCGUUGAAAUCGAACGUGUUUCUACCUCUGCACCACUUGAGCCUCUCGACUUGAGCCGGUAUGAAGCGCCCUCCCCUAGCGCUCCUCCCGCGACUGCCCUGCCCGCUGCCGCCGUCGCACAGAGCUACCUCUCCUCGCGUUUAACGAAUCUCGAGCUCCUCGAGAAGUGGGGAAAGAAUGCAUGGCUAUUAGGCAACCAUAGCCUUGAGGCAGAACUUCAGGCACUUGAACAUGAGCUGGCAGCUACCAAGCGCGAGGUCGAUAUCGUGAACCUGGAGAGGCAGAAGAGGCAGACAGCCGUAGGGGCUGAGAUCAAGACAUUGGAUGAUACAUGGCGUGCUGGCGUUGGCCGUGUCCUCGAGACCGAAGUUGCGGUCGAAGAGUUGAGGGGCAAGAUGCGCGAAGAACUCGCUCGAAGGGCUACGCAGAGCCAGGAGCCGUAG